AGCUGAGCAUACUGUAUAUAAACGGGAGACUGAUUCUCAUUCCCAGCUGUCAGUAGACGGAGAGAAGUCAAAGAUGAACAGUCUUACAGUAGCAGCUCUGUUUCUGUGCUUCCUGGCACCCGCAGACACAGAUGCCUGGUGUUAUCAUGACCCAAGCUGCAGUGAAGCGACCUGGCCAUUGCUUGGUCAUAAUUAUUGCAACGGCACCCAGCAGUCACCCAUUGACAUCGUCUCUGCACAUGCUGACGACGACUCAGACCUGAUGCCAUUUAUAUUUGUCAACUACAGCAGCACCUCAGCCCUGAAGACGAUUGAAAACAGUGGGAUGACAGUCAAAGUGUCCCUCCAUAGUGGCAUAACGGUGUCAGGGGGAGACCUGUCUGAGACCUACGACAGCCUGCAGUUCCACCUGCACUGGGGUAAUGGUUCUGCUGUCCCCGGCUCUGAACACACCGUGGAUGGCAAGCGCUAUCCUAUGGAGUUGCACAUCGUAAACAGCGAGUCAAGCUGUAACAGAAACACGACUCUCGCCGUUGAGGAUUCUACAGGACUUGCUGCCCUCGCCUUCUUCAUUGAGGAAAUGCCUGACGGCGUAAGUCAAGAGCCAGCUAGUUGGAGAAAUCUGACUUCCUAUUUGACCAGCAUCACCAACAGCGGUGAGUCCGUUUCAAUUACACCUGGGAUUUCUCUGGAUGACCUUCUGGUCGGGGUGGAUCGUAGAAAGUACUACCGCUACCUUGGCUCCUUGACCACCCCCCCUUGUAAUGAGGCCGUCGUUUGGACUGUGUUUAAGGACACAAUCAAAGUCAGCAAAGAUCUGAUUGACCUCUUCAGCACAACGGUACGCGUCUCCAACAGCUCGUCACCUUUCAUGGUCAAUGUCUACAGAAACAUCCAGGCAGCGCAAGAGGUGAAAACUCAGCCUGCUGAACCAUGAUUGUCUAGUGUAAUGUGGAGUUAAGGAUUCAAGUGGUACUUAAUCACACGAUGACGAUGAUGUUGAGCACCGGUAGUAAAUAACUCUUUUGCAUAUUUAAACAUUAAGUUUCAGCAAAAUAUUUAUUUAUUUAUUUAUAUAAAAACAAAUUCAGUUACGUAAUUGAAGUAAUCAGCUGUGGUGGUUUCAUAUAUCUAUCAGCUUAAACACAUUUGGCAUCUUUAACUAAGUUUGCGAUGAUGGAAGAAGGGGAAUUUAACAAUAAAAUUUUUUUAAAAAGUG